AUGAACCGCACGCUUCCGAUCAGCUUGAACCUCAGCCUCCAAAAUGGUCCUUCAACUCAUCAAAAGCAACCUCAGCGCCUCCACGAGCUAGGCGCCCAGCUAAUCAAGAACGGCGUCAUCAUCGUCCGCUGCCCCAAGCUUGACCUGGCCACUCCCCAGGGUAUUACCAGCCUUAACCUGCACAUCAGUCUGCGUCCUCUUCAGGCAGAAGACGCCAUCGCUUUCAACACCCGCACCAAAGCUGGGGUCUGA